AUGGCUUCAACUUCACUGCUGGCCACUGCCUUCGGCGCAUUGCUUCUCUUCCAGAUAUGGCGCGUUGUACAACGUCUUUUCUUCCAUCCCCUCUCCUCUGUUCCUGGCCCUAAGAUCGCAGCCGCGACGACAUUGUAUGAAUUCUACUGGAAUGCCAUCUGCGGUGGAAAAUUGUUCCUCAGAUGGGAAGAGAUGCAUAAGAAAUACGGUCCAAUCGUUCGCCUCGGCCCCAACGAAGUCCACAUCUCCGAUCCGACAUAUUGGGAUGUUCUCUACAACAGCACAAACAAGUUGGACAAAUACGCUCGCUUUUACUGCUUCGAUGCUGGAACCAACAUCGCUGGGAUCACGACGGUAAAGCACGAGGUGCAUCGGAGGCGACGCGGCCCCAUAUCGAAAUUUCUUAGCGCUGCCAACGUCGCCAAGCUCGAGCCACGCGUGCAUGUACACCUCAAGAAGAUGCUGGAUAGAUUUGAUGAGUUUGGAAGAGCUGGAAAGCCGUGCGAUUGCUUCAAUGCUUUCCGAAGCUUGACCAUGGAUGUCAUUUCUAUGUUCUGCGAGCCGACUCCGCGACACAAUCUCGAUGCCCCCGACUUUGAUCCACCCAUGCACCGGACUAUCCGUACUGCGGCACAAACCAUGGACAUACAGAAAUUCAUCCCUAUCAUGCAGGUCAUGGACCUUGUCCCUAUCUCUGUCUGGAGAUACCUAGACCCAGAAGUCACCAAGCUCGUGGAAAAGAGAGAAGUCUUGCGUAACACGGCGAAGCAAAUUGCCGCGGAAGGAGGCAAUCCCACUUCGAGAGAAAUGACGGUGCUGGAUGCAAUUGCAUCAUCCGAUCUCUUGCCACCCGAAGACAAGACUCCCCUCCGCAUGGCCUACGAAGCUGAAAUGGUCCUGGGAGCCGGGACUGAAACGACCAGCAAUACGCUUGGCAACCUUGUUUUCUAUGUCCUGUCCAACCCCAAAGUCCACGAGCGCCUCCGAAACGAGGUCUUGUCCUGCUCUACCGCACCGACGGAUGAGCUGGUCGACUUCCAAACACUCAACAAGCUACCCUACCUGACCGCAGUCAUCCAAGAGUCACUUCGCGUCGCCUCGCCCGUCUCGGGCCGCCUGCCGCGCGUCAACCCCACCAGCCCAAUGACCUACACGACGCCCGGCCCGCACCCGACGACGUACACGUUCCCACCCGGCACCGUCAUGUCCAUGUCGCAGCGCGACCUACACAACAACCCGGACAUCUUCCCCGAUCCGGAAAAGUUCGAGCCGGAGCGGUGGCUGCCGGCGACGGACCCGACGUGCACCGCCACGCCCGAGCAGCGCAGGCUCAUGGACCGGUACUGGGUGCCCUUCAGCCGCGGUAGCCGCAACUGCAUCGGCCUCGAGCUGGCCAAGCAAGAGCUCGGACUGGUCACUGGAAACCUCUUCCGUCGCUUCGAUCUCGAGCUAUUCGAGACGACGGAGCGCGACGUCCGCGCCGAGCAUGACUUUUUCGCGCCGUACGCGGCCGCGGAUAGCGAGGGGGUGAGGGUUAAGAUCAAGUACUGA